AUGCCCCUAGCACCAGCACCUGCCAGCACCUGCCAGCAUCUGCACUGCCAGACUGCUCGCGCUACAGCCGACUGCACUGCACCGCUCUGCACACACAGGCCGUUUGCUGGGUCAAAAGUUCAACUGCUGUAUUCAAACAUCUUCAGCUUCGCUAGCGUCCACUGGGGCCGUGGCUUCGGUGGCGUGCCUGAUGGUGCGCCUGAUGGUGCAUGUGGUGAAGUCGACCGGUCAAGGUCCCUUUGA